AUGGGUCGCUAUCGGAGUGCAUUCCUGCCCCCAGGCGAUUCCGCUGAUUUUCAGGCACCGGAUGCCGACCAGGAGGAGCAGCAGGCUCUCCGCGACGCCAUUGACAGCGCCAGAGCCGAAUCCGGGCAGCUUCCAGACAUCGUUGGUGCGUCCAUCGAGGUCUGGGUGGAACAUGCUGCGGCGAUGUUCCUGCUUGACGAUGCAGAGGAGCCAAGUGGGCCCACCGUUCCAAGGCCUUGGAAUGUCCCGAUGCACGGAGUGCCCAUGCCUGGACGGCUUGAAGGCCAAGUCCAUCUCUGCCUUGGAGGCUUACGAUUUCAGGCGGAUCGGCAGCUAACCUCCACAUCCGGG